AUGGCUUCAAUUCUCAAAUUGCAAGUCAUUACAGGUGCAUAUAAUGAAGGAGCUUUGGCUUAUCUUUUACAAACAGACGAUUUUCGAUUUUUACUUGACUGCGGUUGGGAUGAAAAUUUUUCACCAGAAAUUAUCGAAGAAUAUAAACGCCAUAUAAAGGAUAUUGAUGCUGUAUUAAUAACUUAUCCUGAUCUGUAUCAUCUUGGUGCAUUACCGUAUCUUGUUGGACAUUGUGGAUUAAAAUGUCCAGUAUAUGCAACAAUACCUGUUUAUAAAAUGGGACAAAUGUUUAUGUAUGAUUUAUAUCAAAGUCGUUCGAAUAGUGAAGAUUUUACAUUAUUUACACUUGAUCAUGUUGAUGCAGCAUUUGAUCUAUUUGUUCAACUUAAAUAUGAUCAAUCUAUAUCUCUUGAAGAUAAAGGACUAGGUUUAACUAUAACUCCAUUACCUGCUGGUCAUAUGAUUGGUGGUGCUAUAUGGAAGAUAUCGAAAGAAGGUGAAGAAGAAAUUGUAUAUGCAGUUGAUUAUAAUCAUAAAAAAGAACGACAUUUAAAUAGUUCAAAUUUAACAAAAAUUAGUCGGCCAACAUUAUUAAUAACUGAUGCAUUAAAUACAAAAUAUUCUCAAGGACAACGAAAAACAAAAGAUGCACAAUUAUUAACAACAAUCUUAGAAACAAUGAGACGUGAUGGAAAUGUUUUAAUUUGUGUUGAUACAGCUGGUCGUGUUCUUGAACUUGCUUUACUCUUAGAACAAUUAUGGCGAAAUGAACAAUCAGGUUUAUUUGCAUAUUCAUUAGCUUUAUUGAAUAAUUUUAGUUAUCAAGUUAUUGAAUUUGCUCGUUCACAAGUUGAAUGGAUGUCGGAUAAAAUAGUUCGACAAUUUGAAGAAAGUCGUGCUAAUCCAUUUCAUUUACGUUAUGUUAAAUUAUGUCAUGAUCUUAGUGAAUUAGACAAAGUUCGUGCACCAAAAGUUGUCUUAGCUAGUCAACCUGAUUUAGAAUCUGGUUUUGCUCGUGAUUUAUUUAUUCAAUGGGUUGAAAAUGAUAAAAAUAGUAUUAUAUUAACAACAAGAACAUGUCCAGGAACAUUAGCAAGAGAAUUAAUUGAUAAACCAAAUGUUACAACAAUUGAAGUUGAAGUACGUCGAAAAGUUCCACUUGAAGGUACUGAAUUAGAAGAAUAUCUCGAACAACAACGUAUUGAAAAUGAAAAAAAAGCGGCUGAAGCUCAAGCAGAAAAGAAAAAAUCACGUAAAUUAUCUCGACAGACUGGUGAUGAAGGAAUGGAUGUUGAUAUUCCUGUUGAUGACGAAGAAGAAGAAGAUGAUGACGAUGAUGAUGAUGAUGAAGAAAAUGAAUUAAAUAAUAAAUCAAAAUCAUCAGCAGCUGACAAUACAAUUGAUACAGGUCUUGCUGAUGACGAUUUAAUAGUAACACCUUCACAUACACCAUCAGCUGUACGUCUUCCAUCUCAAUCCCCAUUUGCACCAAAACGUAAAGCAUUCGCAAUGUUUCCAUAUAAAGAAGACAAAUAUGUUUGUGAUGAUUAUGGUGAAAUAAUAAAUCCCGAUGAUUAUAUGAUUGUUGAAACAAAACCUUCAAUAACAAAUGAUUUAGCCGCAAUGAAUUUUGGUGAUUCUGAUGAACGACAUCCAUUAAAUGAAUUAGCUGAUAUAACAAAUAAUAAUAAUAAUGCAGCAAAUGUGAUGAUGAUGAUGAUGCAACAAGCUUCAACUGGUAUUUUACCUAAUAAUCCAUCACAACAUCCAUUAAUUCAACAAGUUCAACAUCAACCAUCAGCAAUACCAUUUAAAACUUUACGUGAAAAACGUGAAUUAAAAAUCAAUGCCAAAGUUUUAUAUGUAGAUUUUGAAGCACGUAGUGAUCGAGAAUCAAUUGAAAAAUUACUUAAUCAAAUUAAACCAAAAAAUUUAAUUCUUAUUCAUGGUACACAAGAUUGUAUUGAACAAUUAGAAAAAUAUUGUACAGCAAGACAAAUUGUUCAAGGAAGAAUAUUUGCACCACGUGUAGGUGAAAUAGUCGAUGCAACAACGGAAAGAAAUUUAUAUCAGAUCAAACUUAAAGAUAGUUUACUUAGUUCAAUUUCAUUUGCAAAAACGCGGGAUGUUGAUGUCGCUUGGGUUGAUGGUAUUAUCACUCAUGGUGUACCACCACCUGCUACACCAUUAGCAGUAACGACAUUUACUACUGUUGGUCAAGCUAAUACAGAAUGGUAUUUAAAUCCUGUAUCACGAGAAGUUAAAGAUCAGAUGCCACCUCAUGCAUGUGUAUUUGUAAAUGAACCAAAAUUACUUGAUCUUAAAAUGAUUCUUAUUCGACAACAUGGUCUUCGAGCUGAAUUUGUUGGUGGAGUACUUACUUGUGAAGAUACAGUAGCUAUUAAACGAAAUGAAACGGGUAAAAUUAUUCUUGAAGGCGCUCUAUCCGAUACAUUCUAUAAAGUUCGACGAAUCUUAUAUGAUCAAUAUGCUAUUUUGUAA